UUUGCGUUAUCUUAACACUAUUUUGCUCGGGGACUAUAAUGACGUGUACCUUAGAUAAAUAUGUUGGUGGAUAACAUAAUUCGUGCAUUCUUCUGUAGCCUGUGUGGACUGCAACGGCGAAAUUGAUUGCGAGCAGGAACUGCGACUUGAACAGUUAACGACCAAAAUCACAAGAAGCUAACGUUAGCUCAGCUAGCGUUACCAGCGACGUCGUUAGUGUGUUGGUACAAGUUUAUAUCGACUUAAAAAAUAGAAUGGACCGCGGAAACCCAGGCGAAACAAUGGAGACUGUGGAAGCUCAUCAGUGUGAGAAAUGUGGAGAGAGUUUCUCAGACAGUGGCUUUUUUACCUCACACCCCUGUUCAGAAAGGCUGACAACUCCAUCCAGUAAAAAACAGCUAGAGAACUACAAGUGUUCUCAAUGCAGUGAGGUUUUUUCCAAGCCAGGUAUCCUGAAACGCCACUUUAAAAUCAUCCACGGUGGACAUGACCCUGAAGGCCCAUUCCCCUGCACUGAGCAAGGCUGCCAAUUCAGCAGCACAGACCAUCAGGAAUAUCAAGCUCACUUGAUGUCCUCACAUGGUCUCACUCUUAUCCCUUGCACCCAGCAGUCCUGUAAAAUGUCAUUCCUCACACAGGGUGAGAUGGAGAGACACUUGCGGGCCCACAUGCCCUUCGGCUGCUUUCAGUGUCAGUUUGUCACUCAGAAUGAAAAAGAUCUGAAUGAUCACCUCUCGGAGCACAACCAUCUGCCACCUCGUGCUCAAGGGCAGAGGGCUGCAGCCACAACUGUAUGCACUAAUGGAAGGCACCAACCUCAGGUGUCCAACAGGCCAAAAAGAAAACUGAAUACCAGCCCAGCUUAUGCAUUACCAUUACCUGGAGACAGGAGUGAGGAACAGCCUGAGAGGCCAAGGCACAGUAUUAAAAGGAUGAGAAAGGCAGUGGAAAGAGACAAACCCUCAGCAGUGGAUGCUGUACUGCCUCCAUCCAAAGAGUACCUUGCAGAGGGAUCAGAGCACACUUAUCGCACCCACACGUGCCCCAAGUGUCGCCGCUGCUUCAAGAUGCGCUCCCACCUGCAGGAGCACCUCCAUUUACAUUUUCCUGACCCCAGCCUCCAGUGUCCCACCUGCAAGCGUUACUUCACCAGCAAGAGCAAGCUACGCAUACACAGACUUCGUGAGGCGGGUGAAAAGGUUCACCAUUGCCACUUGUGUGAAUAUUCUGCCGUGGAGCGGAACGCAAUUCGUCGCCACCUUACCAGCGUGCAUGCUGGUGAGGCAGAGGAUGGUGUAAAGGGUCACAGCUAUCCCUGCCCCACCUGUGGUCAAAGCUUUCACCAGAGCAAGUUGCUUAAGGCCCACAUGAAGACGCACAAUAUUCUGUCACACAGCAGGCCAGUGGCCUGCUUCCAAGAGGGUUGUUCUUUCCAGAGUUCUUUGCGUAAAGAACUUGUCAGACACACUGCCGAGGUGCAUGGGUUCAAGGCUGUAGAGUGUCGUCAUCACGCCUGUGGUGCUGUUUUCAAAAGUGAGACAGACAUGGAGGCUCAUUAUCGGACACACCUCGCUUACCACUGCUCACAGUGUGAUUUCUCAUGUUCCAAUAAGACUGUCUUCCUCCAGCACCAGCGGCACGGUCACCCAGGAAAUGAAAAGCUUUGCUGCGACUUCUGCUGCUUUGUCACAUUUAACCCUGUGGAGUUCCAGCAGCACAUCGGACAUUUGCACGCCAACGAGAAGAUCCAUCGCUGCUCUCAGUGCACCUACGUGACCUCGCAUCAACGGGGCUUGAAGAGACACAUGCUGAUGCACAGUGAUGAGAAGCCCCACAAGUGCAGCCUGUGUGACUUCAGGUGCCGAGACGAGUCCUACCUCUCUAAACAUAUGCUCACACACUCGGACAACAAGAACUUUAUGUGUGCUGAAUGUGGAUACGUCACUAAAUGGAAACACUACCUGAAUGUCCAUAUGAGGAAACAUGCUGGAGACCUCAGGUAUCAGUGUGACCAAUGCCCCUACCGCUGUCACCGAAUGGACCAGCUCAAUAGCCACAAAUUACGACAUCAGGCCAAAUCACUUAUGUGUGAGAUCUGUGCUUAUGCCUGCAAGCGCAAAUAUGAGCUUCGCAAUCACAUGUUGGCCAAACACUCCGGAGAGGAGAAACAGCCAUCCAUAUUUAAGUGCAAAUACUGUACAUACACUACCUGCUACAGACAAGCCCUUCAAAACCAUGAGAACUGUAAACAUACCAAGCUGAAAGAGUUCCGGUGUGCCCUCUGCUUUUAUUCCUCUUUCAGUAGCAUCAGCCUCUUCCUGCACAAGAGGAAAACUCAUGGCUAUGUACCUGGGGACAAAGCAUGGCUUGAAAACUACGCUGCAAAGGAGAAGGAGAGGAACUCAACAGAGUUCUUGCAGGAUUUUUACAAUAAGCCCUUAGCAGCUCACAAGCAGUCUGAAAAAUCCAUCUCUGAAGGACCUCCACUGUCUGAAAGAGAACUUUCUGAUCUUCCUGGCUCAGCAGAUCACAGUGCCAGCAAAGGGCCUGUAGCUGGUUCACAAACUGUGGAGUCUGUGGAUGUUUUUGACGUUGUUUCGCAAGAGGUUGUUAAUCAAGGUAUUUCAGAUAGUCCUCAAUCUGUGAACAGUCCUGAGGAGUACUGUACUCUUGUUUUAACGACACUAUCAACCACUGACUAUCAGACGUCCUCUUUGCAAAAUCAGGAAGAAAGUUGUGCAAAUCAGACUCCAAGCUCAUCAAAAUUUAAUUGCAAUGGCGCUAACAUAUCACCAGAAAAGGCAGACUUCUCUACAUCUUCACUGGAGGAAGAUGAUGUAGCUAUGGCAGAUGCAGAAUGUGAACAAAGUGACAUAGAUGACAACUAUGAGUCCCUAAAUAAUACAAGUCAACCAAUCAUACCAGGGGAGUGUCAAACACCUGAGGUGGAGAGUGGUGGUGGAAAAAUCUGUUCCACUUUUCCAUCUGAGCACAAUCAGCCAUUUGAAUCUGAGAUCCGUCUUAAAGCUAUGAAAAAGCACGACAAAGACCAAGCAGAAGCCAUGGUUUUGGAGGGACGGGUGCAGAUGCUUGUGGUGCCAGCUAAAGAGGUUUAUCGCUGCGAUAAGUGCUCUUAUGUAUCUAGUAAGGAGACUGCUUUGAAGUACCACUGCCAGGCUUUGUGCAGUGGAAGGAUAAAGGGACACCAGUGCCAAGCCUGUGGUGCACAGUUCAAACAGCAGCGGGGCCUUGAUAGCCACCUGUCAAAAAAGUGCCCAGCACUUCCACGAAAAACAAGGACAUUUGUAGGCACUGCCAAUACGUGUUUGACAGCAGAGGACAAUUCUGCUUUGGAUCAGGACGACGAAACAAAUUCCAGUCAGACAGAGCUUCUAUCUUCCCAAAAUAAGAUUUCCACAGAUAAGGGACUUCAGCAAGAAGAGGGAGUAUGUACAUCUCAUUUAAAAAUCUGUAAAGGUAUUGUUGAUAAUGCUUUUACAUCCAGUAACUCAGGACAGAAGCAAAGCAAAAUUCAAGCAAAAAAACUUUUGAAAGUUCAACUUGCAAAAAAGCAAUUACUUUCUAGUAACAAACAAAGAAAUGUUCCUCUGCAGAAGUCCCUUUACGCCAAUAAAGAUGGGAAAUUCAAAUGCAAGCUGUGCAGUUUUUCAUCAGUCAGGCUUGCAACAGUUGAACGGCACCUCUCAACCUGCAGAAAAAUCUUAAGGAAAAGAGAGACUCAGAUCAUUUCAGAAGAGGGGAACAAGUGUGGCAAUGAGUCGAUCAAAGAAAAAGAGGACUUGGUGGAAGAGUCCAAAGAAAGAACUGGGAAUGUUUCUGAGAAACAUCAAAUCUUUUCUUGUCCAAGCUGUGCAUUUAAGUGCAAUCAGAAAAGAGCAUUAGACAGUCAUGAAAAGAGAGGCUGCUUGAAGCCAGAUGAAGUCCAAUGCACCAUGUGUUCAUAUGUAACUAAAUCAAAGACUACUUUGACCCGUCACAUCCUGUGUGCCCAUAACAAAAAGGUUGGUGUUGCCAAACGUUUGCAUUGCCAGCACUGUUUCACCUGCAAACAACAACGAUGCAUGGCUCAACAUAUUGCACUCAAACACAAAGGUGCACGACCUCACCAAUGUCAAUAUUGUCCUUUUAGCACUACAAGACGUUAUCGCCUGGAAGAGCAUGAGUCUCUUCACACAGGAAUCGGUCGUCACAGCUGCGACAUGUGUGACAAGACUUUUGGGGCUGUGACAAAAUUGCGUCAGCACAAGAUGCGCAUCCACGACAAACAGCCCACGCACUUCUGCUCACUCUGUGACUUCAGUGGCUACACGCUUGACGAUGUGAGACGCCAUAAUCUCAGAUGCCACAUGGGGGAAUUACACCAUGCUUGCACGCAUUGUGAUGCUCAGUUUAGUUCAGAGGUUGCACUGAGAAACCACUGUAAACGUGUGCACCAGCUCCAGGUCUGUUUCUCAUGUAAGCAGUGUGACUACACAUGUGGCAGCGAGGCCACUCUGAAGAGCCACCAAGAGAACAAGCACCCUCAGGUAAAGUGCAACACCUGCCAGGAGUCUUUUAAGACGAAGGAGAGCCUUGAGAUUCAUCAGAGAACCCACCUGGCACAUCACUGUCAGCUGUGCCCCUUUGCUACCAAAACAAGGCAGCUGUUAGCUCAGCACCUUCUGAAUGAACAUGAGGAGGAAUCUCAGGAGGAAAAGCCUCUCAAGUGCAGCUCUUGUCAGUUUGCUUGUCGGCAUCAGUUGGUGUUAGAGCAACACCUUCGUUCACAUGGAGGCAAGCGACUUUACAAAUGCACAGACUGCGAGUAUUCAACCGGGAAUAAGCAGAAAAUCACGUGGCACAUUCGUAUACACACUGGAGAGAAGCCUUACAGCUGUGAGCAGUGCAGUUACACCUGCACUGAUCCAUCUAGGUUGAAGCUUCACAUGAGGGUUCACCAAGCAGAGAAGAAGUAUCUUUGUCCAGAGUGCGGCUACAAAUGCAAGUGGGCGACUCAGCUGAAGUAUCACAUGACCAAGCACACAGGGGACAAGCCACAUGCCUGUGAUGAGUGUGACUACCGCACUAACAGAGCAGAUGCUCUCCGUGCCCACCGGGACACGCAGCACUGUGACCUGCGCCCUUACGUCUGUGAGAAAUGCGGCAAAGCCUUCAAGACUAGUUUUAUACUGAAGACUCACCAGCGCCAACACAGUGACGAUCGGCCAUACACGUGCGGCUUGUGCCACAAGGCUUUCCGGUGGCCGGCGGGUCUCAGACAUCACUACCUCUCACACACCAAGCAGCAGCCUUUCUGCUGUCGCCACUGCUCCUACAGAGCCAAACAGAAGUUCCAGGUGGUCAAGCACUUGCAGAGGCACCAUCCAGAGAUGUCUGUGGAGCAGGGGGUGGUGAGGGACUCUGAAGCGGUAAGCCUGACCCUGAAGGAGGCCUUGCAGGGGACACUGGAUGAGAGAGCAGCAGAAAUGGACAAAGAGGGAGGGGCGGGCGAUGAGGUACAGGUUGAGGAGGUUAUGCAAAGAGAGGAAGACUGUGAGACAAAAAGUUGAAGAGAGGGCACAAUAGAUGCAGUGGUGUGUUGUAGAUGUCAUCAUAAUUGACCACCUGAUAUUAGCAUUGGUGGAAUGUGGUGUCCGAGUUUUGCACUGUAAAGAAAACAAUUUUUCAACCUGGAUCCUAUUUUACCAUGUUUUUGUGUGUAAGUGACUAAUGGAAACAACAAAUUGGUCCUGUAUUGAGUGAGAGCACUGCAGACAGCAGGCGUGUAAUGGACUGUAAUGCAACCUCUCGGGACAAAACCACCCUCAAUUUACGUUUUUGCCACUGACAGGCUCAGAUUCUUAUAGUAAGUGUCUGACAACAUUCCUACAGAGGUUGAGCUUUUCAUGAAAAAGUAAGAUCAUUGUUGUUUAACCAAGAACAGCCCCGAAAUCUCUAUUGUCAUUUUUUCAUCAUAAAACGCAUACAAUCAAAAUGAGCCGUCUUGGCUUGUCUUCACUGCAUUGUUCCAACAGUCACCAACUAUGGUUUGAUUCAAAUAAAUCCUUAAUUUGCCCAGUUGUGUGAUGUGACAAUAAGCUGGCUCUAAACACACUAAAAUUACUGCAUAUUUAAAUGGAGUCUGGUGGGAUUGGUGAUAGUGACUUUGGGGCUGUUCAUGGUUAAAAAGCAGGAUCUGACUCUUUAACAAAAAGGUCUAUCAUAGAAGGGUCCUUUCCAUAAUGUUGUAAGUACUUGGAAUAAAAAUCGGAGCCUGUCAGUGGCAAAAACAAGCAAUUUUAGAAGAUGUAUAUUGACAGUGGUAACAUGGCACCAGUACUGCGCCAAUUUUUAAAAAAUGUUGUUGCCAUUUUCACUGAGACACAAAAACAUGGGAAAAUGUAGUCCAUGUUGAAAAAUAGUUACGUUUCUCUUAAAGUAUAAAUUCAAGUUACAUGUACUUAACUUAAGAAUUUCCAUUUUGUUCAACUAUAUACUCAUACUUCACUAAACAUGUUAUUCACUGUACUUUUUACUCUACUGCACUUGUCUUGAGUCACUUUUCAGAUUACAGUUUUUCAUACCAUUCUUUCCCAAUGAAAACCACGUAUCUUCAGAUUGAUUUUGAAUGUUUGUGAUAACUGAACGAUGAAGUAUUCUUUUAUGAGCUGAGAAAAUUCUCCCACUUCUUAUGCUGAAUAAAGCAUAUAAAACCCUCUUGGAUCAGCUGGAAAAUGCAUCGUCACAAAGCUGAAAACUAGUUGACAUUUAGAGAUCUGUAGUUCUCACAGGACAGCCACACUACAAACAUAUGACAGUCUUAUAGAAUGUGAUGCCUUGCUGUAGAUUAAGCUACCACACUGAAUAUAAAGGAGUUAAAAUGAGCACAACCUCAAACAUCUACAGCAGUAAAAUGCAACAUACUGUAUAUAUUAAAGCAGCAUCAAAAGCAUCAGAUAUAAUAAACAGGAACAUUUUACUGCACAAUCAAAAUGUAUAACUUUUGAUUGUGAUACUUAGUGCUGAUAAUACUUACACACCUGUACAUACUUAAGUAUGGUUUUGAAUGCAUGACUUUAACUUGAAGUGGAGUAUUUUCACAGUGGUAUUCGCACACUGAUCUGAAUACUUCUUCCAACACUGGAUUUUAAUGUACUGUAAAAUGCUAGUGGAACACAUCAGUACACAUAGUUGAAUGAGAGAAUGUGGACUGAAAGGAAGGUGUGCUCUGUGAAAGAAAUAAACCAUGUUUUCUUUUAGUUCAA